GGCAGCAGCAGCAGAAGAAGCUCGUCAGUGUGCAGUGCUGCUGCAGCUCAGCUGUGAUGAGCGGCAGGGCAGGGGCGAGAAAGAAGAAGACGAAGUUGCCAAUAAAACUCCCGUCCCACCGCCAAAAUAGAUAGGGAGUGAUCGAGAAGAUCUCACAGAGGAAUUUCAGUGUCCCCACACCACCCCACUUAAAUCCCCCCGUCUCUCUCUUUCUCCCUCGUCCCUUCCUCUCUCUCUCUCAUGUCACUCUCCAAGGCUGAAGUAUACCGACUUACAAAUCAUCAUCAUCACAAUAAAAAUUAGCGAGUGGCAGGGAGGAGAAAAGGAAGAGAGAAAAGAAAUCUUCCCCACAAGAGCUGAGCUGCUAGAUGAUAGGUCAGGUUUGUAGGGUCUUGGAAGCGCUUGAGGAGUAAUUAAGCGAGGGAGGAUAGAGACAGGGCACUCUAGUGCACUGCAGUGCACCAGCGCUGCUACGGGAGGGGAGGGGAGGAGAGGAGAUUGACAGCGGCAGCGAGAGUUCAGCUCGGUAGCGUGAGUGAAGGAGAUUUUUAUUCGUGCCUUGCUUUUCAUCUGCUGCUGUAACGAAAUCUAGGCUCUAUCUACAGCGGCGCCGGCGCAGCUCAAUUUUAAAUCUCCGCUCCGCAGUUGCGAAAUUCCGGGCCUAUAAGUGUGGCUUCGGGACGGCGCUUCCCAUCCGACACCGGCGCCUUCGCGGACUGGGUCUCCUCCGCCGCCGCAGGCCGCGGGGACGACCUCUCCCUCGGCUUCAAUGCCAGCGCAGCCGCGGCGGCCGCGGCCGCCUCCGGCGCCUCGCUGGGCGCGGGGCUCUGGGGACCGGCCUCCUCCGCAGCGUCCAUGCGCCAGGCCGCCGCGUUGAACUACGGGAUGACCGACGUCGGGAUGGUCGUCGUUGCGCCCGCGGCCUCCUUCCACCACACGCACCACCACCACCACCACCACGAGGCCACAGCGGCGGCGGCGGCGGCCGACCCCAUCUUCCCGCUGCUCUCCGCCGGCCCCUGCGUACUUGAUCCGGACACGGUCAAGUCGGGUUCAGGGGCACCGGUAAGCAGCGCCAUCCAGUUCUGGCAGUCGCAGCCGCCGCCGCAGCAGCCGUCGUCGGCAGCAGGUGCUAACCCUAACCCUAGCGUCAGCCCCUUCGCCUACCUCAAGAAGCCCCUCCCGAUGCUGGACACCGGCGGCGGGUCGUCCGGCUCCGGCGCGGCCACGUGCCAGGACUGCGGCAACCAAGCGAAGAAGGACUGCAGCCACAAUCGGUGCCGCACCUGCUGCAAGAGCCGCGGCUUCGACUGCUCCACCCACGUCAAGAGCACUUGGGUCCCCGCCGCCCGCCGACGUGAGCGCCAGCAGCUCGCGGGCUCCGGCUCCGCCUCAUCCUCCCCCGCCACUGCCUCCGCAGCGGCCGUCGCGUCCGCCUCGGGCUCGAAAAAGGCCCGCCUCCUCUCGUCGCAGACCACCACAUCACACACAUCCACCUCCAACGCCACCACUCCCCGAAGCUUCGACACCACCUCCAGCCACCAGGACGCGUCGUUCAAGGACAACCUCCCGAGGCAGGUGCGCGCACCGGCGGUGUUCAAGUGCGUGCGCGUGACGUCCAUUGACGACGGCGAGGACGAAUACGCGUACCAAGCCAUGGUGACCAUCAACGGUCACGUGUUCAAGGGGUUCCUGUACGACCACGGCGUCGACGACGGCCGUCACGCGUCCACCAACAAUGACGAUUCGACCGCGGGGGUGCCCAACUUCUCCGAGCUCCACCUUGGUGGACCGUCUGCUUCCGGCCCCGGUGCCAGCGCCGCGAGAGAAGGCAGCUCCUCGAUGGUGCCCAUGGAGCUAUACGGAGGAGGAGGAGGCCAGCACAUUCUCGGCGGGUCAACUUAUGGUAACACCAUGAACUGAGGUCUACACCGGAAGAGUAAGGUUACAUCGAUCAGUGCCAUUCUUUGCUUCUCUUCAAUACUAGUGGAGUUCAAUUUUCUCUCUUUCGUGCCCGUGCCAUCAGAGAGCAUCAAUGCAUGGUGCCUGUUCAACUUCAUCUCUUCGUGGUGUCAUUGUUGGUGUAUAAUAACUUCGAUGAAUUGUUUUUUAGUACUCUAGUCGUACUAGUUCCUUUUCCAGUUGAUGAGUAGAGGAGAAUAAUUGUUAGGAAUUGGAAAGAAGAUAGUGCAAGAUCAAGUCCUUAUGCAUAAGAUAUUGCCUGUUGGUUUUUGGCCUUA